UUAAGUAUGACGCCCAUCAAUUUAGUUUUCGUAACUUUGGCAAUGCUAGACGUAUUUUUCCAUACCCACGGGGACUAUCUAGUUUGCAAACCUGUUAACGAAAUGUUUGAAAACAUAGAAAUAAAUGCAACUCGCACCAGUGCUGGUCGUGUUUCUGUUGGGAGACCAGGUAAGCGUGGACCGCCCGGUCGAACCGGGCCACAAGGUAUUCCAGGCGUGGUCGAUUGGUUGGAAAUUGACCGAAGAAUUCAGAUGGCAGUGACAAGUUAUUUGAGAAGCAACCCUACAUCAUCAAUAAUAACAAAUGCCAUAAGCACCACUUCUGCAACAACACGAACAGCAGUAACAAUCGCAACAACACAAACUACCGAUGAGUGUGAAGGUGUAACUUUUGAACGUUGGUGUGUUUGGAUGCCGCAACACGGUGUCACACGAAAAAAUCAAGCAAUCUCUGUGUGCAAUAACGCCGGUGGAAGUUUAGUGGAGAUAAUAAACAAUGCCAUGUAUGACGUCAUUUAUGAUUACGUUAACAGAACCUACGUCACAUCAAAUAAUUUCGUUCAAACCUGGACAGGCAUGAUGUACCAGGAAAGGCGACUAGAAGGAAUCAAUCAGGCGGUGAGCUUAAGAAACGUGUGGUAUCCUGGAGCACCAGUCAACAGCAGAGAACAGUGGAAUCAUAUAUUACUGAUUGUCGGUCUACUGCCAUCGCGUGGAAGAAUGCAUGGUUUGCGUAAUGGGCUGGACUCGUGGCCGGGCGUUCCUCUAUGUGCAAAGCAGAUCAGCCCUCUAUAAUUAUGAUGUGAGUGUUAUCAGGACUUUCUUGAUUUAUCUUCUUCAUCACACUUAAGCUAAUAAACAUUGUACGUCAUUUUUAAUUACGGAACUUUGUUUAUUUUACUCUUCUUGUAUUUGUUAAACACAUCACACACACAUAGUUAGUAGCUAUUAUAUACGGAAAUAAAAUAUAUCUACAAAAGAAAACAGGCUCGGAUCACGUUAAUUGCACCAUCAUCCUUUUUACAACGAAGUGCACAAAACCUAGAGUUAGUUACUCUAACUAUACCAAGGCAGUCGUCAGUUUGAACACAAGUGGUUGUUAGUUGAGAAGAAAAACAAAGAAGUUCAAACUGGGAAAAUUGUUCAAAAAAUUAGCGUUUUUAUCAGAAUCCUCAACUAGAAAUAAAAAGACCAUCCGGGAUACUUGUGCAUAGAAAGGAAUGCAACUAUUUGUUAAAUUAAACAAAGGUUUGAAUACUUUGUACUGAUUUAACAACUUACACAGAAAAAAGGUUUUAAAAACAGCUUGGCUAUCUAUUCUUAAUGGAACACACGAAAAAUAUGUAAAUGCUGCUUCAAGUGAUUAUAUCUAACGGCUGUGAAAUUAUUUAAUUUUGUAAGUGACGAUGACAAUAAGCUAAGGCAAUGUAAGUGCGGGAUAAUAAACUGUGCAUAUUUAUCUGAAUGUUUAAUUUAGAACAUGUUGAUACAACUUUUUUAACAUGGUUCAAUGUAUAA